CCUCCCCCACAGAAUCUAACAGGUCACCUGUGCUGUAAUUAGAUCUUCAGCCUGUGUACCGUUAUCUCCUAUGGACUUUGAAAGCUCUUUUCAUUAUUCUCCAUUUGUUUUUGGGGAAGAAAAACAAUUCUUCAAGCUCUCAAUGAAUCCGGAUGUAUUUUUUCCUGAUCUCUUCUCAAUGUGAGAAUUGUGGCUGCGUUUGGUGAAAUCAUGCGUCAACUUCUCUACAUGCAUGUAUUCCUAUGCUGCCUCAGUACGGCUCAUCCCUUCUGUCCAUCUCAGUGCACCUGUGUCUUCCACGGACGUACCGAUGGAACCCGAACCAGAUCUGUGCUCUGCAAUGAUCCAGAUAUGUCUGAUAUCCCUGUCAACGUCCCUGUGGAUACAGUCAAACUUCGUAUUGAGAAAACGGGGGUACGGCGAAUCCCAACAGAAGCUUUUUACUACCUGGCGGAGCUACGGUACCUGUGGAUUACUUACAAUUCCAUAACCUCUGUGGAUACUGCAAGUUUCUAUAACCUCAAAGUGCUGCACGAACUCAGGCUGGAUGGAAACAUGAUCUCCAUGUUCCCUUGGGAGUCUCUGAAAGAGAUGCCCAGGCUGAGGACACUGGAUCUACACAACAACAGAAUCACUAAUGUUCCCAGUGAGGCAAUACCCUACUUCCUCAACAUUACAUACUUGGAUCUAUCCAGCAACAAAUUAGCCACCCUGCCCUCUGAUCUCAUGGAUAUAUGGCCCCCCUUCAAUGGAGCGCCCAUCUCCACUAAUGCUUCCCAGAAAAUUGUGUUAGGCAUCCAAGAUAACCCCUGGUUCUGUGACUGUAAAAUCUCCAAGCUGAUUGAGCUUUCUAAAAUGGUUAACACACCAGUGGUUUUGAUGGACCUAGUCCUGACCUGCAGUGGACCAGAUAACCUGGCUGGUGUCCUUUUUCAGCGUGCUGAACUUGACAACUGUGUCAAACCAUCAGUCAUGACUUCGGCAACCAAGAUCACAUCUCCUUUGGGUAGUAAUGUUCUCCUGCGGUGUGACGCCACAGGGUUUCCAACACCAGCUCUUAACUGGGCUAAGUCAGAUGGCUCACCAGUCAACAACACAGUCCAGGAGUCACCUGGGGACGGCGUCAGAUGGUCCAUCAUGAGUUUGCAUGGAAUAUUGUACAAAGACGCCGGAAACUACAGUUGCAAAGCAAAGAAUGUUGCAGGCAAUGCAGAAGCCAGCAUUUCUAUCUCGAUUGCUGGUAGCAGCAGUACCACUAUCCCUCCAGUGACCCCUAGCAUUGAAAUUGGACCAACCAGCCAAGGCACAACAUUUACUCCCCCAACGGACAUUCCCAACUCAACCACAAUCACAUCCACAGUUCUUCCAAGAACAUCAACAACUCUGUACACAACAACUGCUACCCCUAAGAAACCAAAAACAACCCCCAGCAACAUUAUACAGAAAGGGAAACAAGGGAAAAUCCAGCAAGGAGGUAAUGGGCGAAAGCUUGCAGCAGAUGAAAAGAGCAAGAAAAUUGAUGUAUCAAAAUCUGUAAAAGACCUUAAGAUUGUAGAGGAAACAUCAGACACUGCAGUUUUGCUCUGGACAGCAGAUGGGUUAUCAAAUGAUGCCCCACUCACAGUUGUAUAUUCACCUUAUGAUGAGGAUGACAGCAAAAGCACAGUGGAGACUAAUGCUGGCAGUGGAAAAGUGCUACUAGAGGGACUGUCAUCUGGAAUGAGGUAUUCUGUUUGCCUUGUAGCAAAAGGUAGUGCUGCUGGAAAAGAUCCUUGCAUUGACUUCUACACACUGGACAAUGUAGAAGAUGGUGGUCAGAACCAGCUUUUCGUUAUCAUAAGUGGCAUUGCCUGUGCUUUGGUUUUGCCUCUUAUUGCACUGCUACUCUACAAGAUUCUUGCUCUGUACUGCAAGGGACCCAACACAGGUUUAGAUGAAGAAGAGCUUGAAAAAGAGAGCUAUGUCAAGUUUGAGACAAUUUCAAUGAAACAAAGGACCUUGAACUCUCAUCCAGCCGAGCUUUGGGCAAGGAGACAGACUCGUGAAUCAGAGCGAAUGCUGCUGUGCUCUAGGUCAAGCAUCGACUCCCAGAUGACCUAUAAGAGUGACAGUUCUCGGUCUGAGUAUCUCUGCUGAUGCCAGGAAUCUGUGGCCAAUGUCCAAACGCCAUGCUAACACAUUUUAUGAAAUAAUUAAAAAUAAAAUAUGUAUGCCUUUUAUGACACUGAUAAACUAUUACCUAUAAAAUCAUUUAUAAAUCUUUAUAAUAUAUUAUUCCAUUUUGUCACAUCAGUGGGGCUGUAAAGAAACUAAACUAAAAGUCUUGAAUGGUGUCACAUUUAUUCAGAAUUUUCCAUAAACUACUAAUUUAUAAAGAUUUAUAUAAUGAUUUAGAAAAGUGUAGUUAACAUGAAAACAUUCCCUCGAGGUUGUUCAAAAGAACAAGAGAUUUUUUUGUUACAAACCAAAUCAGACCAGUCAAUGACUGUCUGAUAUCUUUAUUCAUGUCCUUAUUCAUUUUGGAGCCUUACAUUUCAUAAAGAGUUUGAAUGGUUGCCACUACAGCACGGUACCUUUGUUGGACUUGUAUAACUUGUAUAAAUAGUACCAUACAAAGAGCCUGUCAGUUAGCUGCGUGUGGUGUUUUAUCUUAUACCCAAUGCCAAAGUUUAAGUGUCACAUACAAAUAUUAAAUGGUGUCAAAGAAGACCCAUUAUCCACUUCCCAUCACAUUUACAACAUCAUUGUUGCUUUAAGCAUCAAGCUGAUUGUUGCCUUAAUGGACCAGAAAGUACUGUCAGUGUGUUUGAUAGAAUAUAUGACUCCUCUUAUAAACAUUGCCUGUUUCUAUGACUUUGUGUAUAUAUUUGUCUAUAAAUAGAGUUGUACAUUUGUUUUUGAAUAAAUUGAACAACUGUUGAAACUAU